AUGGCGCCACUCUCACUGGAAGAAAUUAAAUAUAAUAUGGGCAUCCCUGAAUCUAUCAUGUAUGAAGGCGCUUCGUACAAUGAUUUAGUAAUAGAAGCCAUAUUAAUAUGUUCAUGUAUUAACAAUGUGAUCGUUUGUCAACAGUGCAUAGCCCUUGCCUUGGUGGCGUGUGUGAGCGCUGAAGCUCCACUUGGAUAUAACUACAACCGUCCAUCAGGAGGACACUCUGGAGGGAUCAGUGGCGGCGGCGGCGGAUACCGCGCGGUUUCUUCAGGCUACCAGACAUCUGAAGGCCAAAACGUAGACGCUCAGCUCCUUGAACAAAUCCGUCAGAUCCUCCUCAAAGAAGAGUCUUCAUCUGGCUCAGGUGCCAGCGCUCCAUCAUCAUCAUACGGCGCCCCGUCCUCCUCGUACGGUCCUCCUUCCUCCAGCUAUGGUGUCCCAAGCCACGGUGGCCGCGUCAUCGGCAUCAACCUCGAAGGAGUCCGUCAAGCUAUCCAAGUAGCUCAAUAUGAACAGAGCGGUGGUUACAGCGGUGGUGGCGGAUACCCCUCCGGUCCCUCUUCCUCCUACGGCGCCCCGUCCGUCCCUUCAGGCAGCUACGGCGCCCCCUAA